GAAAAAAAUGAGCAAAGAGUCUCAAAUUCUCCUGAUUCAAGUCUCUCUACUGUUGCUUUUCUUUUCAGGAAUUCAUGGAUCUCUGUGCACUCAAGAUAGUGAUAUUCUGGACUCUGAUUUAUUAAGUAAAAGUAAUUAUGAUGCCUCUUCAAACUUCUCUCCUAGCAUUGCUCCCGAAGCUAUGUUGCCUUUGCGAGCACCUUCACCAUUGAUGCCAUUUACAUACACUGGUGUACCAAAGUUAUCAGGACAUUGUGCAUUCAACUUUUCAGCUGCAGAUAGUAUUUUGAGAACAACAGCAACAGAUUGCUGGUCUUCGCUUGCUCCAUAUCUUGCCAAUGUGGUAUGUUGUCCUCAAUUUGAUGCCAGCGUAGUGGUUCUUGUAGGGCAGGCCAGUAGUCAGUCACAAAGUCUUGCACUCAAUGUGACUCAUGCUAGGCACUGCCUUUCAGAUGUCGAACAGAUUCUAGAAAGUCAAGGUGCCAGUGAACAACUUCUUCAGAUUUGUUCUGUGGAUCCCUCCAAUCUUACAGAAUCAUCUUGUCCUGUUAUAGAUGUUAAUGUAAUCGAAAGAAGCUUAAAUACAUCGUCUUUGCUGGCUGCUUGUGGAAAAAUAGAUCCAACUAUUGAGUGCUGCAACCAAGUUUGCCAGAAUGCUAUAUCUGCUGCAGCUGAAGUUCUAGCUUUCAGGCAUAAAAAUGUGACAGCCUCCAGUGGUUCCCCUGUCUUGUUGGAGAAAUCAACUCUUAUAAGUGACUGUAAGAGCAUUAUAUUACGAUGGAUGGCCAGCAAGUUUGAUCCUUCUUCAGCUAAUAGAGUCAUCAGAGUACUUUCAAGCUGUGAUAUGAACAAAUCAUGUCCAUUGGUGUUUCCUGACAUAAAGAACAUUUCCAAAGAAUGUGGAGAGGAAACAAGUAAUCAGACAUCCUGCUGCAAAACACUGAGUAGUUACUUGUGGGGCUUGCAACAGCAAAGCUUCAUUACAAAUCUCCAAGCUUUAACUUGUGCUACAUUGCUUGGCAAGAAGUUGCAAGAAGCAAAUAUCACCAGCAACAUUUUUGACCUUUGCCAUGUAAACCUCGAGGAUUUUUCUCUUCAAGAAUCAGGAUGCCUCUUGCCCAGCUUGCCAACAGAUUUAACAUAUGACCAGACUUCAGGAAUUGGCUUCAUUUGUGAUCUUAAUGAUAAUGUGGCAGCUCCUUGGUCCUCAGCAUAUUCUGGUGCUGCUUCUACCUGCAACAAGACGGCUGCACUUCCAGAACUUCCCAAAGCAACAUCCUCUCAGCUCAGUAAAGGAGUCUACAUGAAAGAUAUGGUGUAUGCCCUGCUUUUUGCUUCAUCUAUGGUCAUCCAAUUGCUAAUCUAGUUUGCUGGAUCACUUGAAUUUUCAUCAAAGUAAUAUGAUAUAUACUUACGGACUGUAAUUUUUUGGGGGUGGGGGAUACAGUGAAAUUCGAACCCCCACUAGAGUGAAGGUGUGGGUAGCCCUCCAACUGAGCUAUACUACAUAGACACUCCUUAUGUAUGUCCCUAAAGCAAAAUGUUAGCAAAGUAGCUUAAAUUUCUAUCAUUCAUCAUUCUCUCAUCUUUUUUGUUUUUUGUUUGUUGCAAUAAAAUUUGUAUAGAGAAACUUUUAA